UAGUUGUACUGCAAUACGGAGUACAACCCCCACCAUAUCAGUGGCGAGGGUCCAGGCGGCGUUGGCGGCACAGCUACAAAAGACCCCCGCCCCAGGACAAAUCGGUCGCCCUAACCUCAUCUCAAUUGUCAAACACGUGUGACGUGGACCAGGCCCAUAAGUUUGUUAUACCGCCGCAUCUUACUUGAUCAUGGACAACACUUCUGCUGCAACCCAGACGGACACGCAGACGUCCGGGUCGACGCUGCCCAGGCUCUUCAACGAUGUGCAUUUCGAACGCUGGGAACCGCCAGCGCCGCGCGACACAACAUGGGCUCCGUUUUCUCGUCUCCCGGCGGAACUGCGCCUGUACGUUUGGCAGGCAUGCCUCCGGCGGCACCGCAUGAUUGAGCUCGACAUCUGGCCCGCCGCUGAGGAGGAUGUGACCGAUACCACCUACCCAGACCAUGACUCCCAGUUCCCGUACUACACCUACACCAACCGCAACAAGCUCGGCAACGUCGUCAGCGGUCGGGGCUAUGUCCUGAGCUGGAGCGGCCGCCGCGAACAAGGCCCUGCCGGAUCCUUUAGCCCGUUGUUAUGGGUGAACCACGAAUCGAGACGGGCCACGUUAGGGUUCUAUCGCGUGCAUCUGCCCUUCUUUGGGCUGCAGAGAGAGCAGGUCCUGUACCUGAACCCAGACUAUGAUAUCGUCUCGAUCCAGCCCCGGCAGGACGAAAGCCGCACCACACCCCCUAAUCCUCAUCUUCCCACCCUGCUAGCCGACUUCCUACACGACGUCAAGGCCUACGACCCCAGGAAUCAAGGCAUUGCUCAUCUCGCAUUGAACCAUGGAUUCUUCUCGUGCGAACACACGAUCGUCGGGGAUUCGAUAGUAUACUCCGAGCACUUCGAAUUGACCCCCUCAGACCUCCACCCGGCGGCGGCGGCGUCGAUGACCGACAUCCUGCAGCGCAGACUCCGCUCCGUGCUUUUUGCCUUCCGCUUCCGGUCGUGCUACCGAGGCCAGGGCGAGUUCCCACCGAGCCGAGCGUUUGCCCUCCAUUUCGCCCAGACCAUCCCACUCGCCCGACGGGACCACCCCGCCGGCGCCUUGCGCUGGCUCGAGGUCGACCCGCGACCCGGCGUCGACAUCGACAUCCAGGACCUGCCCCUCGGCGAGGACCCGCGCCUGCUCGUCCGCGGCUGGACGGAGCUGGAGGAAGCCUUUGGCGUCACCAGGCCCGCAGGGCCGCGUCUCUACGUCUGCCCCCGGAUCCGCUGGCCAGAGUACGAGAGGGAUGAGGAUGAGAACGGUGAGGGGGCGCCGUGGCGAGUGGAGUUGGCGAGGCACCUGCGCGAAGAAGACGAGAACUGGCUACGCGAUCGCAGCUUCUUACAUGAGACCAUGGUGCACUCCUUUCCCGAAAAGCCCAUAACGCCCAGGCACGGCGAUAUACUAGAUGCCGAGACGUUUGAGAGGAUGGAGAGGCUGCCGUGUCUAGCUAUUGGUAUGUGGAUGUUCCCGGCCGAGGCGUUCGACAAGGAGCCUACCAAUGCGCGGCGGCUUUGCUUUAACGUGUCGCCGGUCCGGCCAGGGCUGCUUUUGUUUGAGCUGUGACGGGGCACAGCCUGGGGAGAGACAGCCCCUGAACUAAUACGGAUAGUGCUAAUGAGAUUAUAAGCGGCCAGUUUGCUGUUGCGCCGCAC